UGACGCAGGACCAGUGCUACAAACUAGGACUUUACUCUGAGACAGAAAUAAAUCUUGAGGCCUCUAUGCAGAAGAGGGUGGCUUGAUUGCUGAACUGACUCUGGCUUCCCCACUUGCAACUGGGUGUGAAAUUCUACCCCCACUGGAGGCUGUGAGAAGUCACAAGAUGGAAAAAACCUGCAUUUCAAAUGGAAGAAAACAUAAUUUUACUGAAAAUUAAUGAGUUGCUCUUUGUACAGCAAUUAAAACAAAUCAAUAUGUUUUAUUUGGAGACUUGGAAGGAUUUAUUUAUGUUUUGGGAUUCUAACAUUACAGCAUGCACAAAUACAGUAUGAGAAGAAUAUGAAAUCUACAUGAAUUGAACAUUUUAAGUCUCCAGAGACCCUGGGUGCUUCCCCCGGGACAGAUCUGCUUCGGGAUACACCCCGCCGCUGUCCCCAUUCACUCGUCAGGAAGCCUGAGCAGAUCACCAAACAGAUCACCACCUUAACUGUACGGGAGGGAGGGAGAGAUCCAUUACACACAGGUCAGUUACAACCUAAGAUGCAUAAAUUACUGAGGCUCCUCUGAGCAGGUUUUAGCGGGUGCAGGAGGUUUAAGUAAUCUUAAACAAAAUGUUAUUGUCUCCAUUUUUAAAAUUUUUAUUGCAAAGUAUUACAGGGGUGUGCACAUUUUUGAUUACAGAAUUCACAUUUGUGCAUUUUAAGUUGAUGUUGUAAGUAUGUGCAUUAUGCCCAUUGGGUGUGAUUUUUAAGACUGAGCUUCCACGGAGUUGAAAUUCUUGCCCAAGGUCACAUCACUAGUAAAGUGACAGGAAAUGGAUUUCCAACUAUAAAGUCAGUACGGAUGAUAGGUAAAGCAAGGCACCUUUAGGAAGAAAAGUUGUUCCCGAGCCAGGCUGUCAGGAUGGGGACAAUAGGAAGGAACACACUCUGAGAAGAGACCAUUUCUCAGGAGCGGUAGUAAACAGAACUUGCACGUUCUACUUUUUUUCUGUAAUAUAUGUGUUGUUACAACCAGUAUGUUUUUUUUUUUUUCCACAGUGGCUUUCCACCAAUGUCAAAAGAUUAAUUUUUUGCCCUAACCCCAAGGAAUUCCCCUUGGUCUGAUUUCAACCCUGCCUUCUGACAAUUUGGCUUCCUACUGAGCUGGAGAGCAGAGAGGCGGGCACUGGCCAAGCCAACGUCACCCAUGCGAACCACCUGAUUUUCUAUUUCUCCUUAUAAAAGAAUGUGGUUCAACUAAUUUUUUCUUCUCCUCCCAUCCCCAAGCCUUCUUAGGAGCUAGCAAACAGAAAGGAACAUUAUACAGAGCAAGCAAAAGCAGAAAAAAAACACAGACUCUUUUAGCACAGUAACCCACAGGCAUGAGGUCACUCUCAUGGUCUCUCAAGGCUCGAUCCUUUGUCGGAGAGAGCUAGUAAAGUCUUUUUUCUUCAUCCAUUGCUGUGUUACUCAGAAUUCUUUUGCUUGCAAGGGACAGAAAUCUAAUUUGAAAUGACUUAAGAAUAAAAAGUGGGGUAGAUGUUAUAGGUUAGUAUAUAACAUAACAUAACGUAGGAAAAAUCCAAAGUUAGAUCCUAGCAUCAGGCAUGGCUGGAUCCAGGUGUUCAAACAAUGUCAUCAGUACUUUGAUUCUUUUCUUAUUGUAUCUUUUCUGCUGACCCUCCUCUUGGGCAGGUUCUCUGCACCCUGUGGUCCCAGCAGCCCCAGGGUUCCAUCCUCUAGCUUGGAAACCUGGCAGAAAGAGAAACUUCUCCUCAAGAGUUCCGACAGAAGUCCCAGAACUGAAUCCAAGUGGCUUGGCUUAGAUCACUGCAGAUAGUGGGAGGGAGUAUGCUGAUUGUUCUGCUCAGAAGCCCAUCAGCUUCUCUUCCACAGAGCUGGAGAGAGAACCACUCAGAACCACUUCCCUCCCCAGAACCACUCAGAAUGAUGGCGGGGAGCAGUGGUCGCUCUAAGUGAAAAAAGGCCAUUGUUACCCCCAAAGGACAUUGGACUUGGGGAAGGAAAGAAAUGCCCAGUGCUAGAUUUGAGGCCCCCAUCAGAUUGCUCUAGGGAAAAAUGUGACAAAGAAAAAAACUGAUAUCAAGCCAAAAGGUGAGGAGAAGAAAUUGAAUGGGACAGUGCAGGGACUGGAUUUCAGAAACAGCGGGGCCUGGGGCAGGGGAGAAGUCAGGAUCAUCGAGCUGCCCCUUAGGGUGGGGGCAAGAGCUGCAUCAGAGGAGUAGGUCCCCGGGGAACCCCUCGACAGCUGGUACAACAGCAAAAGACCCCUCGCUCGUGCUUCUGGACUCUGAGUGGACCGAAUGAGAUGUCUUUUGAGAGAGAGGGUGCCACCCCACCCUGGACAUGCAGGACAAGGUAAGGGAGUCACGUUUUCUUAACUGCUAUGCUAUUUAUGUCAGCCCAUCCUGUUAGCUUGAAUCACCUGCCCAGAGGCCAGUUUUGUCGCCACCAAAUGACAAGAUUGAUUUCCACGAGACUGAGAACCCGACCUUGGACACUGAUAGAUUCCACAAGGUCCUGCCCUGUGGAAGGCCCCUUGGCAGGCAGCCAGCAGGCCUACGCUGACCACACCCUGCCAUUGCCUCCAGGCCUUCCGUUCGAGGCUGCGCCAGGACUCCGGGAGACCGCGGAUGAGGACCCCUGGCUCAGGGCUUGGCUCAGAGUAGGCCCGCAUAAACCACAGCUGUUCCGAGUGCUGUUGGGUACUUGGCAUGCCAAGCAUACAACAAAUGACACCUGUUACUAGGUACAUGCAGUGCACGGCCGGGCACCAGUGGCCAGGGAUGCUCACGCUUCAGUGACUGUCAAUCCAACUGUGGGACCGUAAGGAACUGAAUGCAGCAGCAGGUGCUAACUCCCGUGGGCCAUUUGGAGUUUUGUUUUUCUGGGGCUUUCUGUCCCUUCCACUCAGAAUACUUUUCUCAUCACUUCUCUCUUCUUUAUAAGGCCACCUCCUUGCCAGUGUUCUCGAAGCAUAAACAAACUUACUUCUGCUCAUCUUGGCAUCCAAAAGGUUUUGUCUGAGACCCGUCCAUUGCAGCUUUUCUCAAAGUGGGGUCCCCUGAUCCCCUCCAUUGGAACCACGAGAGUGUUUGCUAACUGUGCGGAUUUGUUGAUCCUAUCCUAACUCAGUCAGCCUCUGGGCUUGGGUCUGGAAAUGUGAGUUUUUAAAAGGGUCAGGGGGCCAACCCAAGGGGGAUCCUGAUGCAUCUCAGAGCCUGUGAGCCGCAGCUCUGCGGGCACUUGUCAGUUGCCCAGCCCCAGCAGGAAAGGCCUGACUCCCCAGGCCCUGCCCCCUUUGGCCCUUCUAUCAGGCAAUUCAAAGUCUCCAGACCCAUGAGUUACUGAUUAACCCUAGGUUUCGAGGAAAGAAAUAAUAACAACGGAAGGGACAUUGCAGGCUAAGAAACAAGCUGGGCAGCCUUGGGAGAGAGUAGAGCAAGAGAGCUGUUUUCAGCAGGUACCUGGCGAGAGCGAAAAGGAGAGUCAGUCCCAGACUAAGUUCCAGCUCUACCAACUCUGGGACUGAGCAGCCGCUUCCUACAGGUUCCUGUGCCCAGAAUGGCCUGUCCUGAGAGCCCAAGGCAGCUCCAGCCCAUCUCCGCAGCUGCCACCACCACCCCAGCUGCCAGCCCCACUGCGAGUCACCGUGGCUCCAAGGAUUGGGACCUGGAGUGCCUGGUGUGCCGGGAGCCCUACAAUUGUACCCGGUCACCCAAGCUGCUGGCCUGCCAGCACACCUUCUGUGCCAUCUGCUUGAAGCUCCUGCUGUGCGUGCAGGACAACUCCUGGUCCAUCACCUGCCCACUGUGCCGCAAGGUCACUGCCGUCCCCGGGGGCCUCAUCUGCAGCCUGCGAGACCAGGAGGCACUGGUGGGGCGACUAGCCCAGUCACGCCUGGAAGUGCGGCUCUGUCCUCAGGGGCUGGCGGAUCCUGCCACCUCCACAGCAGGGCACCCCAGCUCGGCAGGAGAAGACGGGCAGGAUGCAGUAAGUGCCAACCGAGCUGCAGCCCGACGCCUGGCCGUACACCUGCUCCUGCUGGUCUUGAUCAUUGUCCUCAUCAUGCCCUUCAUCUACCCGGGCGUCGUCCGGUGGGUGCUUGCCUUCAUCAUCGCCCUGGCCCUGCUGAUGUCCACCCUCUUCUGUUGUCACCCCAGCCAGGGCAGCUGCUGGCCCUCCCCCAGGACUCUCUUUUGCAGAGAGCAGAAACCCAGCCAGAUCUCUUCCAUUGCCUGAGUCACUCUGACCAGGCGGCCCCUUUUUGCCUCUUGGGCCCUCUUGUCCUCCAACAAAUAGAGUAAAGGCUGUGAACUGAGUCUGGCUCCCUUAGGAAAUCACAUGCCACCUGGACUUGUAAGCCAGGAUGGCCAUCUUGGGUCAAGAACUUGUGCCUGGACAGUAGGCUUGCAGCUGCUCUUGGGAUAGCACGGUUAAACCGCUGCAGGGUAGGGAAGGGGGCACAAACUUCCUGUUCCUCUUCUUCCAAUGCUCCCAGUUUUUCUUUAUAUAACUUGAAAGUUUUGCAGUAUUGACCCUGGUGCUGAACAAAUAGAACUGAGACUCCUUUUUAUUUUUAUUUGUUUUGUUUGUUUUGCAAUGUAUAUAAACUGG